AAAUUAUAUCAGAAAUACACAUCAUUACAAAAACUGGUCAGUCAGCUGCGUGAAGAGAUAAAAGUGAAGAAUAAGACAAUACUUGAGUUACAAGAGAAAUUAAGUGAAAAAGUAGGUUCACAUUAUGAUGCUCAUCUAAAGAAAUAUUAAGUUAUUAACCUUUAGUUGAAGAUACUUGUUUUAGAUCAGUCAUUCAGUUAACAAACUUGGAUUAAAAUACUUUGAAACUGGCGGGUGUCCCAAAAAAACCUGGACACUAUCACUGUUUGAUUUCAUGUAACGUAAAAGCUAUAAAAGCUAUCGCAAUGAAAUAAAGAUCAUUGGAUUCAGAAAGGACUAACUUAGAUUUGGAUAUACAGCACUUGAAUUUACAUGCAAUAUUGAGGGAGAUACAACCAAAAUAAAAAUAUUUAUUAUUUAAUUUAAUACAUCGGUAAUUAUAAGGUUGUUUUAUGCUAAUUUUUGGCAUUUUCAGAAACAGUAGUUCAACGUUCGAACAUCAAUAGCGCAGUCAAUAUUGCAUGUAAAUUUAAGUGCUAUAUAUCAAAAUCAAGUUAGUCCUUUCUGAAUGCAAUGAUCUUUAUCGCAUUGCGAUAGGUUUUAUAACUUUUAUGUUACAUGAAAUCAAACAUUGUCCAGUGUUUUUUUUUCGGACACCCGUAGUUGUGGGAAACUGUUAGUUCCAUCAACCCUCCCAGAAACCUUACUCACCCAUAUUUGCCUUCAAUCUUUGCCAUUCAAUCUCAUUCCACAUUUCUCAAGGAAGAGGAAUAUAACAAGAGUCUAGAAAAAUACAAAGAAACGAUUUCACAACAUGAAAGCAAAAUUGAGAGUUUCUAUGAACAAAUGAAACAACUGAAAGAUGCAAUAAUGGAACGAACAAAAGAAAUGGAUGGAGUGAGAAUAGAAUUGACAGAAACAAAGAAAAAAUGUGAUGAACAAAUAGAAAAUAUUUCAAAAGAG